AUGGCCCAACCUAACCCCUACCUCCUCGCUAGCGACAAUCCUGCCGCGCUAUUGGAGCUAUUACGAUCUACCCCUGCAAUCGCCUCGUGCCAAGAUGAGCAUGGCUAUUCACUCCUACAUGCCGCUGCAUCCUACGGUCAUCUCGAUCUUCUCCGCGCCCUUGUGAAGGAAUUCAAUGUGAAUGUCAACCUCCUGGAUGAAGAUGGCGAGACAUGUUUAUUCGUGGCGGAAGAACCCAGGGUUGCCCGGUGUCUAGUUGAGGAACUCGGAGUGGAUUAUAAGAGAAUGAACUUUGAAGCCCUCAAGGCCCAUGAGAAGAUGGAAGCCGAUGAUGAGAAUCCCAAAGUCUCCGCUUAUCUCCGUGAAGUUAUUGGCCUCCCUCCCGCCGCCUCGACAGACUCGCCCGAUGGGCCAUUGAACGCCCCGCCGCCGAUCCCUGGGAAUAUGCAGGUCAACGUUGGUACCAUGUCAGAGGAGGAAGCAACCGCUGGUGAGGCUGAGGUGGAUCCUGAAUUCAAAAGACGAAUUGAUGAGCUGGCUGCUCGUGAUGAUUUCGAGAGCGAGGCGACUCAGAAUGAGCUGCGCGAGCUUGUUAUGGAGGCUAUCGGCAGCUCAACUACGAAUGCAGCUGGUCGGGAAUCCAGGCAGAGGACUGAGUAG